CACACACACACACCCUCUUUUCUCUCAUUGCCGUGUGCCAUUCCCUCCCUCUUGCUACACUUCCUCACGCUGGCCAGGACGCCUCUCUUUUCUCUUGUCCUCUCCACAUCCUUCAACAACUGCAUUUCUUUCGCUCUGCCCCUCCAUCCUCACCUUCACAACUUAUCCACAUCCCGGGCCGCGCUCCUCCUUUCCAAACCUCUCUCCACACACUUUACUUUGAUUCUUGUUCUUUUUUUUUUUUUUUUUUUGGUGGGGCGAUUUUUUUAUCUUCUCCCCUCCGGUGUGUCUGUCUGGAGCGGCGUGUGCGAGGUCCCCAGCGUUGUGCUCUUUUCCCUGAGAGAGCCCCAGAAGGUUUUGACAGGACCGAAGACUAAAGAAGAGUUUUCUCCUACAAUGAAAGUUCAGCAUCUGCUCCUGCUGGCUCUGGCCGGGCCCUUCUGCGCCUUCACAUGGGCAGCUCCCACGAUGCUCCCCGAAGACCCGGACAAUACUGGGAUGACAGACAUUCUACAACCUACUCAUUCCCUCGCAGUUAUCACUGGACCUGCUCCCACCGACCCCACUGCCAUCCCCAAUGUUGCAGCGGAGCCCAGUUUGCCCCCCGGCACCGUUGAUACUGAGGCCAAUGCCGUCACGGCCGAGGCUCCUUAUGAUCCUUCCACGGCAGUUCCACAGUCCUUCACGUCUGACGCUCCUGCUGCUCCUGAGGCUACGGCCUCUGCUGAAGAGACCACAGCCCACGCCGAGGUGCCUGCAGAUCCAACUCCGGAGGCCCCCGCUCCUGCCGAGGAGACAGCAGCGCCCGCUGUACCGACGGAGCCCGAGGAGCGAACCGAGGCGCCAGUAGAGCCAGAGGGGGAACAAGACGUGAUUAUCGACGACAAAGCUGAUGAAGGCGGUCUGAGCUCUGGGCAGAUAACCGGGAUUGUGAUCGGGGCCCUGUUGGCAAUGGUCAUCGUCAGCGCCGUGGUGAUUGCAGCGGUGAGAAGGAUGGGCAAAUAUUCACCUUGAAGAAGAAGUCGACCAAGCAGCAGAAGCAUGCCAAGUUCUGGAAAUUCUGAACUACUGAACUGUGACGUCAAUUUUAAUCAUUACAGCGAGCACGAUGCCAGAACUGAACUAAAUUAACCAGGACUCUGAACUGAUGCUAAAACAAAGAGGUGAAGGGAGGAGUGUGUGCGUGUGAGUGUGUGUGUCUGUGUGUGUAUGUAUGUGUGUGUAUGUGUAUGUGUGUGUGUAUGUGUUGAUGUAUAUACUGCAUGUACUAUAUCGUAUGCAAGAUGAGAGGGGUACGUAAGAUCCUUGCAUCCCCUGCAAACCUCCCUGAUCCCGAGGAGCUGCUGACAUUGAAAGGCUCUGUUUUCCCAAGAGAAUCAAACAAGGGGCCCGCAGGUUAUCGCUUUGAAUUUCAGAGCUUUUCACGUGCAUUUCAUUGGGAUAAAAACAAGCUGAUUAUUAUAUCUAGGGGGAGUUAUUUCCUAGAUUUGAAGGUUGGAAAAAAAUAUACCUAUGCAUGGGAAAUACUCAUUGAGCAAUGUGUCAAAUAAACAUGAAAACUGGGGUUAUGACGGAGCAAACUGUUUUGAAAAAAUUCCACAGGAUGUAUGUAUAUACAAUGCAAAGGCGCUUCAUAGUAUACAGCUAAUAUCAUUUUCAUUUGUUGCAGUUACUAGGCAAGCAUUUGAUAUUAUGGAAUACACAGUAUGUACAGCCAACCGUAGGUUUUUGUUUAUGGCUAAAGCACCCCCACCCCCUACCCCUCCCAGCACCAAUUAAAACAGUUUUCCUGUGCAGCCAGAAUACCUGACACGUCGGCCAUCUACAUGAAGUACAGUGUGCAGAAGUUACAUCAACACUUGAGCGCUCUAGGGGCUAGCAGAAGAGAAAACCUCAUUUGCGAGAGUAACGUGACAUUCUGCCCACUUUAACACUGACAUAUAAAAGGCUAAUACAUAUCUGUGAAAUUUAGCAGAAGGGUUUGUGCCACUGUCUCUGGUAUUCUCUUGCUCUCUAGGAGGAUUUUAACUUUUGAAGUGCAUUAUUAAUGUGACUUGACUGUACUUUUUUUUUUUUUUUUUAACUGCCGCCCAUUCCAAAGACAAGUACUUGGAUGACUUCUGGCUCUAAACGGCCAGAUGUAAUCGUAGCAUUGCCGUGACAAUGUAUCCCUAGUUCUUUAAUAGUUAGAUUACUGGAACAUCCAUCCGAUCUUCAACCCCGGAUUUUGAAACACAGUAUUACAUUUUAUAGCUGCACUUAGUUUUAGCUCACAGUAUUAGGCAGUCAUGCCCUUUUUCUCAGUUUUACAGUUUUAAGUGUGCGAAAUGGGCAUACGAAUAAUGAAGUCUAAGCUUAGCCCUGCUUGCUUUAUAAGCUUAUUUAAUAUGUGCACUGAAUGAGUGGUGUAAUGUUUAAUGAAUAGAAUUUAGACUCUGCAAAUGUUUGCAACGAUAUGUGUUCAUUUCCUCCCUUCUGCUUUUGCCAUACAUUAUUACUUCUCGGUCUUUAACUUGUGCCAUCUGAUUUGUUCAAACUUUUUAUUUAAUUGCAGUGUUUUUGUUCAUACUGUUCCAAUAAAAAAAAUCAUAAUAAAAAUUUAAAA